AUGUCGUCAGGGAGCGAGAGUGACGAAGAUUACGUACCUGGUGAACCAGAACAGUUGUCAGAAGAAGGGUCAGCUGACGAAGAGACGGACCAACAGUAUGAACAUGAAGUGGAUCAAAAUAUUAAGAAACGGAAAUUAGUAAAAGACUGUACAGCAAAAAAGAAACGAAAAACUAAAAAUAGUGUUAAGGAUAUCGAAUCCAAUUCCACAAAAAAACUAGAAGAAAUUGAAGUGCCAGCCAACCCAGAAGAAGAAAAGAAAAAGGAAGACGAUUUGUGGGCAAAGUUCCUAGAGGGAACUGACACUAAACCUAGAUCGGUGGUAAAAGAAAAUAAUUCAAAUAUUGAGGCAUCUAAAAGUGUAGUUAAUAAAGAAGAGACUCCUGAAAAGGCCGCAGCCACAUCAAAUGACGAUAAAGCGAGAGAACAAAGAAUUUUCGAGUUUGCUGGUGAAACUAUUGUUGUAGAAAAUAAUAAGAUCAAAGAAAAGAUUAAGACUGCAGAUAGUCCGGCGACAAGUAGUAAACUAAACGACAUUGCCCGCGGUCGACCUGGAGCCGCAGGAGGUCUCUCCAGCGUCCUGGGACAGUUGAACAAAAAGAACAAACUAUCCACCCUGGAGAAGUCUAAGCUAGACUGGUCUACUUACAAGCAAGAAGAAGGUAUCGAAGAGGAGAUUGAGAGUCAUAAUAAAGGAAAAAAUGGUUACUUGGAGCGACGCGAUUUCUUGGAACGAGCGGACGUUCGCCAGUAUGAAAUUGAAAGAGAUAUGCGACUAAACCGCCGUAGCAAUCGAUAA